AUGAGACUUUCUUCUCUUGCAAAGACAUAUAUCCUUGGAGGUGGCUGGGACUUUGCCGGCCUCACGAUAUCUGCCAUUUUCAAUUUUAGUCUGUUGACAGUAAUAUUGCUGCUAAUACGUAUCUGUGCUUAUGUCCAAUCCUUGACACGCAGCAUCCUGGACAGAAAUAAAGCUGGAUUGUUGCACAUAUUUUGGAAGUGUGUCAGAAUUGGUGAACGUGAAAGUCUUCACCUAGCAGUAUGCAGCAUUGUGAUGGCAUUCAGCAUCCUGUUCAUAUG